GACCCCUCCGUAUCUCUAACCCUAGCAGUUCUCAAAUUGAAAAGUGACACGGAUGGACGUCUUUGCGCUUUAUAUAUAUAAGAUAAGAUGUUUCAUUUAGGAGAAUACAGAAACGAAUUGGAAAGAAUCCGUCAAUAUGCACGAAAAAAUGGUAUCUCUGAUACUGACAUCGAUCAAGCUUUACAAAAGUCAUUUUGUAUUCUUGAAAAAAGGAAUAAAAAAUGUGCUGUCUCUUUCUGUAUAAAAAUUAUAGUGGUAGUUUUGUUUAUUACACUUGUAUGUUUUGUAACUUUUGAUCAAAGAUUUUUAGCCGUUAUGUUACUAAGGAAUUUACAAAAUUCCAUUUAUCCAGGUUUAAAAUUACUUCGAAAAAUAGCUGUACCAGUGAUUAAACAAUAUCCUUCUUUAUCUGAAUUUUAUGAAGAAUGGUGCAUAUUAGAGAAUCCAUACUUUUAUAUACAAGAUAUGGAUUGUUGGCCAUGUAGCGUUGUACAUUUUGUGCCUGAUUUAACUGGUUAUCAAAUAUCUAGAUCAUUCAACCCUGGAAUUCCAUAUAUAAAAAUACAGAAUUUUUCAGAAGUUCAUAUGGAGAAUGUACAACAAUUGUAUUGGAAAAAUUCAGUAACGUUUGAGAAAGAUGCUGCAAAAGUAUAUUCUAACAAUUUAACUUACAGAAAUGUUAGAGAUAUCAUGGAAAGUAAAAUGCAUUUAAAUCCUACAGAAAAUCUAAAUAAUCAUGUUGCAUGGAGAAUAAAUCGGAUAACUCCAGCACGGAUUUUAAGGGAACUAUUUCCAAAACCUAUGGAUACACCAAAUUGGUGGGAACAGAGCAUAGAGAGAUUUAUUUUUUUCGACGAAUCGAAAUCACCGCCUUAUUCAUUACCAAAUCCCGAAUGCAGUAAUGUAGCGAUUACAUGCGCAACAGGUGCAAGGCUGAUAAGACUGAUAGCAAGUUCAGAAUGUACUAGUUCUUGUAAAUCAUUUACAGUGUUAUUAUCUACUGGAAAAACUUUUUCUGUUUAAAUAAAACAGGUACUAAUGAAAGUAUUGCAAAUACGCACAAUAUCAAGAUGCUAUUCCAGGACCACGCAUCACUAGAUGAAGUUAAGUUCUGUAACGUUUGUCCUGCUUGUAUAGCGACAAAAGAUGGUGGAGCAACACCAAAAAACGUGCCCAUAGUAAACGGUGCAAGUGGUACACCGAUUACAGGACUAGCUAAAUUUAUAAACCAAUUCGGAAGCAGCGGUGUCAUUCGAAGGAAUAGCAUGUAAUUAAAAAGAUGGUGUUUGUGCUUUCUCACUGUUAGCGUCCACACUCGAGCUUUGUCCGGGAAAUAUUUAAAAAGUAAUCUCCGUCCUAAAAUCGACGACAGAAGAUAGCAAAGCGAUGCUCCUACUGCGCUGCAGGUGCAAACUAACAACAAAGCCAAAGGGAAUGGGAAAAGAAAACCAGAAAGAAUUGAGAGGAAAAUAGAACCUGGAAUAGCAAAAGUUUGCAGA